AUGGCCUUCUUCUCCCAAUCCGGCCUUUCGCCACUCUUCUUCCUCAAUGACUACGAGACUCCCAAUCAAUACAAGUCUCGCCAAUGUCCCAAGUCCUUCCAAUCUUCCAAGAUCCAAGCACCCAGCACCUUCGCACCGGCAUUUGACGUGCGCGAGUUUACCAAUGCCUACCGCCUCGAUGGCGAACUCCCAGGCGUGGACCAGAGCAACAUCGAGAUCGAAUUCACCGAUCCACACACUCUCGUAAUCAAGGGCCACACCGAUCGCGAGGACAAUAAUGACGACAGCAACGAUGCCAGCUCAAGCCGCAGCUCGUCUCCUGCAGGCUGGCACCCCGCCACCGUUGAAGACGAGGAUGCAGAGUCGACUAGCUCAGCCGACACCGCUGCUUCCAACACUGCUUCGCACCCCGCCAAGAAGGACCAGCCUCACUUCUGGACCAAGGAGCGAUCGAUCGGCGACUUCCAGCGCACUUUUAGCUUCACCGCGCGCGUGGAUCAGGACUCUGUUCGUGCAAGUCUGAAGAACGGUGUCUUGUCUGUUGUCGUGCCGAAAGAGGCGACACCCACGCCGAAGAAGAUUCGGAUUAUGUGA